UUUGGGAAUUUUCCAAUCGCAAGACAUUUUCUUUUUCUAUCCAUUACAGAUAUCCCAUGAUUUGUCUCCAUCAAGACGGGAGAUUUGGAUCAUGAGAAGAAGUUUUUUCAAUAAUUAUAGAAAUAUAAUUACGACAUCAACAGAAAACGACUCCUGUCACUCAUCAGACCUUGACCCAGUAAAUCCCAGUGGCUGUCAUACCCAGUGGUCUGAGUGUCGCCCCACGUGUUACAAAUUACCCGAAUUCAAAUUACACAACAGCAGAGAUAAGAGAUUUCACCGGAGCUCGAGUUUUCCCAACAUUCCGGAUAAAUUUUCCGUCAAUAAUAAUCAGCACCAGCGGAUAAGUUAUCUCGAGGGUACAUCCAGAGGAAAACUUGGAAAGGAGGGAACACCCCGGAUAUUGAGGGCACUGAGACGUCACAGCGGAAAAGAUUCCAUUGCCAAAGUGGGUUUAGCAAGCAGGGAGGACAAGUCCUUAUCGUUGAAGGGAGAUAACAGCAAGAGCGAGGUUGUUAUCUUGUACCAGGGUGAACCGACGGUUAACCAGGAUCCUUCCUCCUCCACGACCUCAAAGACCCUCGUUCGCACCUCCAAAUCCGACCACACAAUUGUAACGCAGUCCCACCCACCCAAUCAACAUUCGAGGGAGAGCCCUAGGAUACCCCCAAAAUUACAGCCACGACGACGAAGGCCACCUCAUCGUCGACCAUUAAGGAGACAAUCGUUAAAUGUCAAUAUCAUUCAAGAGUCACGAGUUGUUGAUUCAGGAAGACGCACCCCAUCCCCAUGUCUCAGACAGCCAACUAAUGAUGUCAUUAGACAUAUGGCUUAUUCUGUGAAUGAAAGGGGAACGGAGAAUAGAAGAGUUUUUCCAUUUCAGUCGACACCGAGUGGAAACCUCAAAGUCAUUCCCAAUCAAGUGAUAUUCGAAUCGAAAAAAGUAAGUGUCCUAGUUGCUGACCCUCGUCACGCAAAGGUGAACGUAAAAGCGGAGCUCAAUAAACCGGAAGUGGAGAUUGGUGAUAGUGGACAAGCAAAGGAUCUACCACCGGGUGUGACCCCGUCAGCGAUUGACCAUCUGCAAGCACAGAGGAAACUACCGAGGAUACCCACACAGUACGUGCCUAGAACUCAACCGCACAGAGGAAAAUUACGACACGAUCAGAUGGAGAUGAAACAGAAUAAUCAGGGGAAUCAUCAUCGUCAUCAACCGGGAAAUGAAGUCCCACUGGCUUCCCUGGGAUUCACUGUGGAGCAGCCGAUAGACUGGGAAAAUAUAAAUUUGCCCGAAAAAACUGAUUUGUACGACGAAUUAGAGAGAAGAAUCACCAAUUACAAAAAUGCAGAUUGUAUAGUGCAUCUGGGUCACGACGAGUUUCACUGUCAUCUCCUUGUUCUCCAGAGUUACAGCACCUUCUUCGACGAUAAAAACUGCAAAGAGAUCGACUUAACGGGGAGCGGUGUGACAUCACGAGCAUUUUCCAUCAUCUAUGACUGGAUGAUAAGCUGCAGUGCAGAGAGUUGCCAUCUUCUGAGGCGGGAUAAUAUUCUUGAGAUAUUUACUGGUGCCCAAGUACUCGGAAUCAAAGAGUUGGAGGAGCAGUGCUGGUCUUUUAUCGAUAACGAGGAGUUAUUUAGCGAGGACACGGCUUUUCUCCUCUAUCUCGACGCAAAAAAAAUUAGAAAUUCCGCUGUGAUGGAGCUAAUGAUCCCCAGGAUAAUGAAAUUCUUUCUGAUGCUUGUUAGCACUAAAGAUUUUCUCGAACUUUCUGUUGACGAACUUUGUUUGUUACUCCGAUCGGAUUACAUUUGCGUUAACAGUGAAAUGGAAGUUUUAAUGUCCGCUGUAAGGUGGUUGAUGUACGACUGGGAAACCCGUAAAGAAUAUCUUCUGGACAUUCUCAAAUGCGUUAGAUUCGGGCUUAUCGCCCCCUGGCAGCUCGUUGACGUCAAAAGAAACCCGGAGAAUCCAGAAUUUAUGGAGCUCAUGUCGUAUCCCGAGAUACAAAAAAUGGUGGACGAUGGACUUGCUUUUGUGAUUAUCAAGUACUGGUAUAGCAAUCAGACUCAAGAUUAUUACCACUGGAUUGAAUUACUGGGACUUACAGAACCGGCUAAUCGUAAUUGGACGGGCGAAGAAAAGAAUUACGUGACUUAUCGGGAAUUUCUGCUAUACCUCGAGGAAUACCAGAGAACGAAAAUAAGUGAACUGAAAACUAAAAAUAUUGAAAAAUCUCAGACAAUGUCCAAUGACUGUGCAGAAUCGCCGGUAAGACAGCCGAAUAAUUACCAAUCUCUACACAAUCCGAGGGCUUCCUCAUCAGGUCAAGUGAAUUUACCCCCCAACAUCGGCGGUAGACCCUCGAGAUGCCCGAGGAUGCCAGUUGGGGGUCAGGGAGCUCAAGGAGCCCCUCCCACCCUUGGUAUGCCGCCUGAAAUUCUCAGCAAGUACUUGAGCAGCUUGGGGAGUCAUUCCAAGGUGAUUAUUCCCGGUCACACCGAUGUACAUCAAACGCGAAACCACGUAGAUGACGCCAGAUGCGAUCAGUGGAAAUCAAAUAGCGGAUUAAAUUGGAAAAAACUAAGGCAGAGGAAGAGAGAAUUUUACCGAAGAAAUGGAAAAAAUUCGGAUUCUUCAAAGUCCGAGGAAGAAGCUGCCACCACAAUACAAGCGGUUUACAGAGGAUAUAAAACACGUCAAACAUUUCAAGAGAUAAAAAAGCUGUCGUCAGAUGAGAAUCAGAAUGCAAGGAGAGUGGCGCAAUUGCUGUCGAUUCCAUCGAUAAAUAAGAAUAAUCAGCCCCUGGAGCCCCUGCGACAGGCUGGAGGUGGUGGUGUGUCUGGAGACCCCAGGCAAGUAAAUACUGAAAUCCCACAGCCAACCCCUCGAUCUCGAAAGGCCCUGGAGGCCGUUGAGACCCUCCAUCCACCCAAUCCCCUCGACUUUGACGCUGGAACGAGUUCGUCUCAAUUUUUCGAGACAGACACCGAGGAUCCCUUUACCCCACGGCUACAGAAAUCAACGGAUACAAAUGGAGAGAAUACUGUCCUAGUUUUCGGUGGAAUUGAUCCACACGUGGAGUACGGUGUUCGGGGUAACACGGGCAGAGAUAUUUACAGGUAUAAAUCAGUGGAAAAUGUCUGGGAGUUUGUUGGAGAAUUACCAGAGCCGAGACAUCAUCACUCGGUUGCAUUAAUGUGGGGAAAAAUUUAUCUCAUUGGUGGUGCCGAUCCCAGGGAAGAUUUUUUGAAAAGAAAAUGUGUGGCCCUAGGAACCGUCUGGAGCUAUGACAUCGCUACCAGGAGUUGGUACAACGAGCCAGAAUUAUUGACACCGAGAAAAAACUUUGCUCUGGUCAAUUCCCAUGGGCGGAUGUACGCCAUUGGUGGACAGGACAAGAAUGGAGUGGCCCUGAGAUCCGUCGAAGUUUUUGAUCCAACUGAGGGCACGUGGCGAAUAGCUCCACCCAUGCACACAGCAAGAAUAGGCCCAGCAAGUACCAAGUACGGUAAUUACAUAUGGGUGGGAGGGGGUAUGACUAUUUCGAAGAGGGAGCCUAUAUCCAAGGACGUCGAGUGCUUCGAUCCCUCGAAAAAUACAUGGAUUAAUAUCGAGCCUCUACGUGUUCCGAGGUGUUUUGCCUCAUUCCACGUUAUGUUCGAUACGUUGUAUAUUAUUGGUGGUGCUGGUAGGUCAUUGAAAAAUGUUACCAUGACAGAAAGCAUCGACACUAUCGAUGUUUGGGACCCUGAGUUGAGGACCUGGAGGGAAUUCUCAAAGAUUACCAUUGGAAGACACAGUCAUUCGACUGGUUCAAUCGGGAAUCAAUUGCUCGUCAUCGGAGGACUGACAACAAUUUUCAUGAAAACACUGAGGACUGUUGAAUGCUUUUGUUUUGAGAGAUCAAGAUGGAUCAGAGGAGUUGCAACACUUCCUUACGCAUUGUCUGGACAUGCCAGUGUCUCUCUCAAUUCCCAGAAUUCCUUGCGAAAUUAUUGAGAAAAUAAA